AUGGGCCGGUGGAAUCUUUCUCUGGCCAUCAUUGCAUGGGCGUGUGCGGGCCUCGCGCAAGCUGGCUGCCCGAACGCCACAAGCCUGAGUCCAUGCACGUGCGACUACUACGGCAUCAACUGCAUGCGAGCCCAGCGCGCCGGGCAGCUGAGGCUUGCCUUCGAGAGCGGUGACGCUGAAACCAGAGACCACAGGUAUUUGUGGAUCCAGAAUACGCCAAUCAAGUCUUUCAGAGGCGGAGUGCUGGGAUCCUUCAAGUUCGAGAACGUCCACAUUGACCACAAUGCCAACUUGAGUAACUUCACUUUGGAUUCCCUGAGCCACAUGAACAAGGUCGUCGUCGUGCUCAGUUUGCAUGGCAACGCCCUGCGGAAGAUUGAGUAUGAUAAGCUGCGGAGUUUCACAUCGCUGGAGAGCCUCGACCUUGGCGGCAACAAGCUGAAAACCGUGCCGCCAAAUGCGUUCCAUAGCAUCCGCCUGCAGAGGCUUUCAUUGAUGGGAAACCCGAUCAGGGAGAUCGGAGCAGCGGCCUUCUUCGGCCUCACCAAUCUGACCGAACUUAUCCUGAGUCACACGAGACUUAUGAAACUGGGAGGACACUCGCUGUCCCUUAUUCGGGCAAACCGGAACCUCAAGAUUGACCUCUCGCAUGCUAGGAUCAAGACCAUCGAAGAGACCGCCUUCGACGCUGCGAUGCCCCUUGAGGUGGACCUGUCCCACAAUAACCUCACCGGGCUGAGGAGGAGGCCCUUCGAAGGACUCAUGACCCGCAUGGUUUCGAACGUACGGGGUCGGGAACUUACACCAGUCGUCAAAGUCGAAGGCAAUCCUCUGACUUGUGAAGGAUGCUCGUACGUGUGGAUCGUCCAUUCUAGGAUGCGGAAACGCAUAGAUCGUAUUUUCGAAGGCUUCAAGUGUCCGGACGGUCUCAAUUCGACCAGCCUCACCGCUCCGAAAAUCCGGUGCAAGGCUUCGUGGACCUCCGGCGCCAUCGGAUAA